UAUUUGAUUCUCUCCCGCAUUUUCUCUCUCUAACCAAUAAGCAGCCACCUCUAAUCUCUCUCUCAUCAUUGCCUCUCGUAAUCAACAAAUCAAAUCCCUAAUUACAAUCAAUAAUCGCAAAUCUCACGAGCAAUUAACGAUAAUUCGACGAUCUUGUCUUCUCCGGCCGCGGUGAUCAGGUGCGGUGAGGAGCAGAAUGAAGUUCUGGAAGAGCUUAAGUAAUUUAAUAGAAGAAACGGUGCCGGAUUGGAGAGAUGAGUUUUUAUCUUAUAAAGACUUGAAGAAACAGUUGAAGUUAAUUUAUCCUAAAGAUGGGGAUAAGCCGCUGAAUAAAAGGCCGAGAUUGGAUGAUGAUCAAAUGGACGGUGGGGAUGGCGAUGGCGGUGAGGUGGAGAAGGAGGUGAUUGAUUUUGUUAGGGUUUUGGAGGAUGAGAUGGAAAAGUUUAAUGCUUUUAUUGUUGAGAAAGAAGAGGAUUCUGUUAUCAAAUGGAAGGAGCUACAAGAUGGAGUAGAGAAGGCGAAGGAUUCGAAUGAAGAGCUGAUGAGAGUAGGGAGGGAGAUAGUGGAUUUUCAUGGAGAGAUGGUGUUGUUGGAGAAUUACAGUGCCCUUAACUACACAGGGCUAGUGAAGAUAUUGAAAAAAUAUGAUAAGAGAAGUGGAGCUCUGGUUCGCAUGCCCUUCAUCCAAAGGGUAAUGCAACAGCCAUUCUACACAACUCAUGUACUUACCAAGCUUAUUAAGGAGUGUGAGGCGAUGCUUGAUCGAGUUUUCUCUAGAAAUGAACCAUCAGUCUCACCUCAUGCAACUGAGGUAGAGAGCCAUGACAACAAAACUUCAAAUGCAAUUGCAGAGAGGUCACUCAGAGUUCCCAACGAACUCCCAGAAAUAGAAUAUACGGAGAGCAUGUACGUGAAACCAACACUGUCAGCACUUCGUGUCUUGAAGGAGAUUCGGAGUGGAAGCUCGACUGUAAACGUGUAUUCAUUGCCCCCUUUGCAAAGCAAUACUCAAGAUGGGGAUUGGAAGAAAGUUACUGUCUUGGAACAAACGGCCAAAUAGACUUUGUUCUGUUUUCGAGAAAAUCAGAAUUGCUAACUCGUUAAUUUUUCUUUACCUAUAUUGUACACAUGGAUUGGCAGUGGUGUGCUUGAGCCAUAGCUCUCUGUAUCACUCCGUUUUAUUUUUGUAAGUUCUUGAAUGUUGGAAUGAUGCCCUAUUAGUUCUUCUUUGUGGAAUGUAAAUGUGGCUGUGACUGUUAUGUUCUUGACAACGAAAUAAUCAUAUCAUUUUUAUCCA